AGUUAUGACAGAGAGAUGUUUACUGUAGUUUAAUGCCGCUAAUUUUCCGUCGUUUGUUCCGAUCAGAGACUGCUGUUAGCUGGACGAACAAUACCCAAUACGAAACUGAAAAUGCAGAGUGCACGAAAACGUCGAGGCAACGAUUUACACACGACAACACAAAAUAGCAGCACUCCUGGUGGUUUGAAGGAAAAAGUGGCACAGAUGAAAAGGCAGCACUUCCACUGUGACCUGUGGUUCUUUCUGACUCUGCAGAACUGGAUACUGGACUUUGGAAGGCCUAUUGUCAUGAUCAUCCUUCCUCUGGAGUGGUUUCCCCUGAACAAGCCCAGUGCUGGAGACUAUUUCCACAUGGCCUACAAUGUGAUAACACCAUUCCUAAUGCUCAAGCUGAUCGAGCGUAGUCCCAGGGCGCUGCCUCGCUCAGCGGUCUACCUCUGCAUCAUCACUUUUGUCAUGGGAGCCAGCAUCCACCUGGUGGGGGACUCCAUCAACCACCGGCUCAUCCUGAGUGGCUACCAGCUCCACCUGUCAGUCAGAGAGAACCCCAUCAUCAAAGACCUCAAACCUGCCUCACUGAUUGACUCCUUUGAGCUGCUGUAUUAUUAUGAUGAACAGCUGGGACACUUAAUGUGGUAUAUUCCUUUCUUCAUAAUUCUGUUCAUCUACUUCACCGGCUGCUUCACCAAGGUUAAAGAACAGAAGAAGAUUCCCGUCUCUGGUUGGCUGUUGCUGGGACCCAACUCCCUCUACUAUUGGUACUUGGUCACCGAGGGACAAAUCACUGAACUCUUCCUCCUCACCUUCCUCGCCAUGGUUGUCUUGACGAGACAUCAACAGCGUAAAGGCCUCAGCCCAGACAGCAACGGCCUGUUCCUGUUCUAUAGUUUCAGUGUUACCGCGCUCCUGGUGGCGGUGUGGGUGGUCUACCUGUGGAACGACGCCGUGCUACGCAACAAGUACCCCGGACUCAUUUAUGUGCCAGAGCCGUGGUCCUACUACACCUUGCAUGUGAAGAAGAGCCGCUGAUUUGCAUGUGUCCAGGUCUGUGUGCCGCUGUGUUUGAAGAAAGAGUGUUUGUGAACGCCUCACGAACCGACUGCUGCAUUUGUUUUCUUCAGAUUUCCUGUGACGGAGAUCGCGGCUGCACUGAUGACGAUCGAUGACGCUUGCUGAUGUGCACCUACCUCACUGUUAAACACAAGGGUCCGCUAACCUCAGCCAUAUUUAACCAAAGAGGAUUUGUCUCCUCAGUCUGUUUCUAUCCUGAUACACACAGACGUUAACAGUAGUUAAAAUAGUGAUGUUUGGUGAAAUGUUGCUCUAUUCGUCUGACUUGAGGAUUGAGGCACAUGUUUUUUAAUUUGAUAUUUAAGAUGUUUAAAUUUUUUAGCACAUUUUGCUUUUACAAUCCCUCAUGUUAGCACAGAUGGCAAAUGACAAAGUUGAGCUUUUAGGAACAAACUCCAGGUGAUUAUAUGUGUGGUGCGUUCACUGAAAAAUGAUAUAAACGAUUCUUAUCUUGCUUAAGCUCACAAAAGAACCUAAUCAAGAGACUGAAUGUUGUGAUGUUUAUCUUUAUUAGCUUCGAACAAAAAAAGUGUUCAAUAAAUUGACUGCGAGGUGCAGCUGCUCAUGUCUGGCUUCCAAGAAAGAAAAGAAGAUGGUAGUUAUUCCUGCCUGAUUGUCUAAAUAAACUGGUAUUUGACAUAAUAAUAAUAAUUGAAGUUAAAUAGCACUUGUCAAGCAGGAUGCACAACGUGAAGGUACAGGGUGCCAUUAUAAAAAGUAAAUACAACAAUUCAGAUGCAACAAAAAUAAAGCCAAUCAAUAUGUGUUCUGCAAAAAAAAAAAAGUAAUUAAACAGCAGUAUAAAGCCAAAAGAGCAUAAAAAGAGACAGAAGAG